CGGGGGCGGCCGCCGCGCCCCCUCCCCCCGUACACGCCAGGGCUUCUCAGUGGCCGCCGGAGCAGGAAGUUCCGCUCCCUGACAGACCCGUGCGGUAGCAACAGCGGCGGCGGCCGCGGCGGCUGGCCGGGCUCAGGUAUUUCGGACCGCGAUUGCCCUUCGCGCCACCCGUCAAGUGGGCAGCCUCAGAACUCAGCCGGGCGCCGGGAAGCGCGGGCAGCCGAGAACUCCUUCCUGCUACUUCGCCCAGCGCCCCUGCUUCGGCUUCCCAGCGAGGUGGGAGACCUUCCUCCCUGUUUGCAGACGUCCGUGGGAGACCCUUAUUUUUUUCAGCGCUAAGGUUAAGAGAUUCUGGAAUAGAAGCGUCGAAGGAGAUCAAGUGAACCUUCUACAACUCCUCGGAUGUCGCCAGGCUCCCUUUCGGGGCGGAAGACUACGUUUGAGCAUCUCACCGAGGUGCAGGAAUGGAAGAACCCACCUUGCAGCUUUUCUGCAGUGUGGCUUGCCUGAUCUACCCCUGGGAAUGAAGAGGAGGCUUGUAAUAACCCAGUGCAGUACAGAUGUUAAAGAGGAUAUCGCAGAAUCUAAACUUGUGAUCGUUUGGGGGAGGUCACACACGUUUCUGAGUGGAAAUGGACGGGCGUGAACGACGUGCCCUCUUAAAAAGCACAACAGUCCUUUAAGAGGAGCGAAAUUGAGUUUUCCCAUUUCGGCCAAGAUUUUGAAGACAGUUCAAUGUAUUGUACAUUUGACAUAAGAUGAGAACUUUCUAAAGUAUUCUCUCCGAGAGCGUAAACGAUGACUACCCCAGCCCUGCUGCCCCUCUCUGGACGUAGGAUACCACCUCUGAACCUGGGGCCGCCCUCCUUCCCACAUCACAGGGCUACCUUGAGACUUUCUGAGAAGUUUAUUCUUCUCCUUAUUCUUAGUGCCUUCAUCACCCUGUGUUUUGGGGCAUUCUUUUUCCUUCCAGACUCUUCAAAACACAAACGCUUUGAUUUGGGUUUAGAAGAUGUGUUAAUUCCACAUGUAGAUGCCGGUAAAGGGGCUAAAAACCCUGGAGUCUUCCUGAUCCAUGGACCCGAUGAACAUAGACACAGGGAAGAAGAAGAACGCCUGAGAAAUAAAAUUCGAGCUGAUCAUGAGAAGGCCUUGGAAGAAGCAAAAGAAAAAUUAAGAAAGUCAAGAGAGGAAAUUCGAGCAGAAAUUCAGACAGAGAAAAAUAAGGUAGUCCAAGAAAUGAAGAUAAAAGAGAACAAGCCACUGCCACCAGUCCCUAUUCCCAACCUUGUAGGAAUAAGUGGUGGAGACCCAGAAGAUAGUGACAUAAGAGAGAAAAGGGAAAAAAUUAAAGAGAUGAUGAAACAUGCGUGGGAUAACUAUAGGACAUAUGGGUGGGGACAUAAUGAACUCAGACCUAUUGCAAGGAAAGGACACUCCCCUAACAUAUUUGGAAGUUCACAAAUGGGUGCUACCAUAGUAGAUGCUUUGGAUACCCUUUAUAUCAUGGGACUUCAUGCUGAAUUCCUAGAUGGGCAAAGAUGGAUUGAAGACAAUCUUGAUUUCAGUGUGAAUUCAGAGGUAUCUGUGUUUGAAGUCAACAUUCGAUUUAUUGGAGGCCUACUUGCAGCAUAUUACCUAUCAGGAGAGGAGAUAUUCAAGAUUAAAGCAGUGCAAUUGGCUGAGAAACUCCUUCCUGCCUUUAACACACCUACUGGGAUUCCUUGGGCAAUGGUGAAUUUGAAAAGUGGAGUAGGGCGAAACUGGGGCUGGGCAUCUGCAGGUAGCAGCAUUCUGGCUGAAUUUGGUACACUACAUAUGGAGUUCAUGCACCUCAGCUACUUGACAGGGGACCUGAUUUACUACAAAAAGGUUAUGCACAUUCGGAAACUACUUCAGAAAAUGGAUCGUCCAAAUGGUCUUUAUCCAAAUUAUUUGAAUCCCAGAACAGGGCGCUGGGGUCAAUACCAUACAUCUGUCGGCGGUCUGGGAGACAGUUUUUAUGAAUACUUACUGAAAGCGUGGUUGAUGUCAGAUAAAACAGACCAUGAGGCAAGAAAGAUGUAUGAUGAUGCUAUUGAGGCUAUAGAAAAACAUCUUAUUAAGAAAUCUCGUGGAGGUCUUGUCUUUAUUGGAGAAUGGAAGAAUGGGCACUUGGAAAAAAAGAUGGGGCAUUUGGCCUGCUUUGCUGGGGGAAUGUUUGCACUGGGAGCGGAUGGUUCCAGAACAGAUAAAGCUGGUCAUUAUUUAGAACUGGGGGCAGAAAUUGCACGUACUUGUCAUGAGUCAUAUGACAGAACUGCAUUAAAGCUAGGUCCUGAAUCAUUCAAGUUUGAUGGUGCAGUGGAGGCUGUGGCUGUCCGGCAGGCUGAAAAGUAUUACAUCCUCCGUCCAGAAGUAAUUGAAACCUAUUGGUACCUAUGGCGAUUCACUCAUGAUCCAAGAUACAGGCAAUGGGGCUGGGAAGCAGCACUGGCCAUUGAAAAGUAUUGCCGAGUUAGUGGUGGAUUUUCUGGAGUUAAAGAUGUAUAUUCCUCUACUCCUACACAUGAUGAUGUACAGCAGAGCUUUUUUCUUGCUGAAACAUUAAAAUAUUUGUAUCUGCUGUUCUCCGGUGAUGACCUUUUACCUUUAGAGCACUGGGUGUUUAAUACAGAGGCUCACCCUCUGCCUGUGUUACAUUUAGCCAACACCACACUUUCAGGUAAUCCUGCUGUUCGAUGAAAGCAGUUCCAGAAGGACCAUUCUCACCUGUGUUUUGUUUACAUGGACCACUACAGAAAUUAGUUUUGGAGAGGCGGCUUUUGAAAACCUGGACCUCUAUGUCAACAUGACAGGGUGAAACUAUUCCCCCUAAGACUUUUCAACUUGUAGAUACGUCAACUUUGAAAUUAUUCCAUUUUAUACCUGACCAAAACAUGUUCUGGUAUAUGUAGGACAGAGACCUGGAUGUGCUUUGAUCGUUAAUGAGGUGGUCACAUGAGAAAUGUUGCCUGUUACUACUGUAUUGUUUUUAGAAUCCUGAAGUCUGGAGGCUAGACUUCCUGAAAGCAAGCCAAGAAUAUAGAGCACCUUGCAGGAGUUCAAGAUGGCCUUUGGAACCAAUUAUAUAUUUGUUUCCUCCUACAGUGGAGCAACAUUCAAAUCAAAUAUUUACAUAUUGCUUAUCACUUUUUCUCCAUUUUAAUAAUGGAAUGAACUAAAAUAAACAAGAAUGAAAGAAUGGUAUAAUUGUAUCAGUAACAAGAAGACUCAAAAAAGAAAUAGGAGUACCUAACCCUAUCUGAAUUUUCAAGUUCCCCAUUGGAUGACCAGACUGGCAACCAUUUCAAAUCCCAAUCUAUUUCAUUGAAAUUUCUUGGUUAAGUUUAAUUUUCUCUGGGGGCAUGAUCUCACAAAGAAUACUCAAAUCUUUUUCUUCAUAUGGAAUCACCGAAACUGCUGUUUAUCAUAAUCACCACUUAUGAGCCUGAGUUUGGGAUUUUUUGCAUAUAGUUCAGUCCAUGGUUAGUAGCGUGACAGAAAGUGGGAAGAUGCCGCACUUUGUUGCCUUGAAACCUAUUCUAAGAGCAAUCCUUGGUUUUGUUGGUACUUUAUUUUUCCAGACCAACACAUCUACCAAGUAAAUUUUAUUCACUUUAAUUUCAUAAUAAAGUUAGUAGAUCACUCAACUUACAACUUUAUUUGUGUGGCUUGGCAAAAUUCACUAUACUGUUAGGCAGCUCUAAAUUUGCCUUGAUAAGCUAAAUAAGUUACUUUUAUAACUUAUUAAAGCAAAACAAACCCAGUGAAACUUUCUUAAAUAUUCUAUCUGGAAUAGCGAUAGGGGAUCUUUUAUUUAUAAUCUCAUCAGAUGAGUGAGUUGUUCACAGAUAUUUUAUGUAUUUUAAUUUUCUCCAAGAAUAUUAUAGAAUUCCAAAGAAUCAGAAUAGUUUCAGAACAAUUUUCAGUGUUAAAAAAGAAUGGUGUUAUUACACUAAAAUUGGAACACGUCUAAGGGACUUUAUCUUAUUAUCAGUAGGUUUUGCAUUGAUAUUUCUUUUUAAAUAAACUACAAGUUCUUUAUAUUUCAGCAAAAAGAACUUAAAUUUUAUCAGGAACUAUAAGAUAAAUAUCUAGUGCUUAAUAAAUUUUCUGUCCUUAAAUUUAUGUGACAGUGCAAGAUACUUUUUUGCUCUUUUCAUUUAAUAUAGACAUCUUCCAUUGACAUUAAUAAAAGUUAGAAACAGUAUAAUUAGUAUAAUAUUUACUCUGAAUUUGAAGAUUUCAUGAAACAAAGUUCGUACAAGAAGCCCACCUUGGAAUUCUGAAGGGUUAUUUUCUUGUUUGAUAGCUUUUCUUUUUAACUUAGCUUUUAAGUUGGGAAAAGAUUUAAUUAAUUAAUUAAUAUUUUCUAAGGUUGAUAAUCUUACACCACAAAUCAUUAAUUUUGACAGUUCUGCUGAUGAUCCGUAAAUGAUAACCACUGCGAAAGUUUUCAGUAUACAUAGAAAAUAAAGAUGCAGGGCCAGUUACAAUAGUCCUUAAGAGAGUUAAAUUAUAGCACAUGUUUUGACAUUGUAAUAUCUUUUACUACUUGAACAUUUAAAUUUCUAAAUGAGAAAGGUAUAUAUAUUACUGUAACUGUAGAAGGGAAAAGGGAAAGUAUUUGGUUCUAAAAAACGUUAGCCUUCCUCAUAAAAGUAGCACAAGCCCACUUAUGAAUCACUGAGAAAAAGUGAAAAACUUGAGUUGGCCAAGACCCAGAGCGGCAGUGCAGAUGGCAAUGAACUCUCUGAAUUCUCUUUCACCUUGUUUAGAAGAAUGCAGAGUAAAGGGACCUUCUUGGUUCCGCAGGAACUUCUCAAGGGAUGAGGAGACAGAACCCCUACUCCCAAGUGCUCUAUUUGUAUUACCCAGAUGACUGAAGCUUAAGAGAAGGCAGGGAAGUAUGCAAGCAGAGCCAGUUCGGGUACAAACAAAAAAUUUGACAGGGACAAUGGAAGGGUCUUCUUUACCACUCCCUACCUUCUGUGUGAUGGAAAGACUAGAGCUUAUAAAAUUACUUCCAUUUUUUUUAAAUCUCCUGAAUACCAAAGGCAAUUAAAGUCAGCUACAAAUGACUUGCCAGUGUCAUGUUUUAUUUUUGUUACAGAUUUUUAAAUUAUUUCCUGCAAGAUCAAUUCUUAUCCAUAUAAUGCUUAGCUUCCAAGAAUGUUCUUUCCUUUCUUCCGUCUUUUACAGCUCUUUGCAUUUUUUAGACCUUAAUACUCAGGUUAAAUAUUCAUUGCAUUUAUAAGACCUUCUGCAAAAAGCCCAGAAAUGGUCCUUUCCAGGUGCCUCUUCAAAGAGCUGACACCUUACGUUGUGCCUUUGGCACAAAUGUGCAGAAUAGAUAGAUCAGUUGGUGCAUAAUAGAAAAAACAGGAAUUUUGAACACUCUUCUUCCUUCUACAUUUAUUUCUCUUCAUUUUAGAAUCACACUUUUUAUGUUAACCCAGAUUUAUUAUUAUUAUUAUUAUUAUUAUUAUUAUUAUUCAACCAGUAUUAAGUUGUUAAAACCAAGAGAAUGGGGCCCUAACCAAAAAGAAGUCUCAACUCGAAAAAUAAGUCCCCAGUCAGGUGGUUCUUACUUUUUUGUGGGUUGCACAUUUUAUGUCUCUCUAACAUCAACGUAUUCCUGACUUUCAAGCAGAUGUUUAUAUGUAAAAUAAAACCUGGGUAUUGAAAGGAAAUGUGUUCUUUUUAUGGAGUAUUGACCCUGAUCCUCUAUGAUGUCAUAUAGGGCAACUCAGGGCUAUACUUGCUAGAUUUUAACCAAGCAGUCUGAAAUCUUAAUCAUCAUCCUCUCAUCUUCUCUGCUCUCCAUUGCCAAAGUCUUUGUCAAAACUCCAAAUUUGUUGAUAAAAGAUUGUGUUUGCCUUUCUCAUUAUAAUGCAGUUUCUCCUUAAGCCUGAAGUUUUUUUAAUGAGUGCAUGAGUAAAUGAGAGAAUGUGUGAACGAACAUUUAUGAGGUUAUCUAAUAUGUGCCAAGCAUUGUGCCUGGCACUUUCAAUCAUUAGAAUGUUUUAUGUGAUUCCACAGCGUUUUCUGUAUGAGAGUAGCUCACAACAUUUUAAACGUUUCCAAUAUGAAUCGUGUUACAAAAUUCUUAAUUUUAUAUUUCAUAUAAAGAGGAAAAAGAAAAGGUUUAUAAUAUAUUUUAAAACAAUGUGUUAUUAUAUAAUACUAACAACUAUAAUUGUAGUUAAUAAGUAAAAUCUCUUGAAAAUGUCAAAGAAAUACUUGAUUUCUGAUGCAACUUUGACUAAAAUAUUUACUUUAGAAAUAAAAACAUUCUUAUUUUGCUAUAUCACUUUAAUUGCAUAAUUAAAAAGCAGUGUUUUAUAGAAAUGCUGGUUAUUUUAUAUUCAAAAAGAUUUUGUCACAUAAUUCAUGGGUAAAAUUUGCAAUUGUAAAUUGUCUUUCCUCUGGUAGGGGUCCUAUUAAUAGUCCCAUGCUGUUAAAUAUAAAGAAAAAAUACUAAAAUAUUCAGAGUUCCAAAUAACAGUUCCUAGUAGUAAUAUUUUGAGUUAUUUUUCUUUAGGUUUCCUUAUACUCAAAUUGGCUAGCUCCUAUGUUUUCCUCUCUCUCUCUCUAUUAUAUAUAUAUAUGAUCAAGAUCUAUAUAUGUAUAUAAAUACAAUUAUACACAGAUAAAUUUUUAAUACUUUUUGUUAAUUAACAGUUGGAAACUGGUUUUGGCUGCACUAAUAAGCAGAAUUUAGAGUAACUAUAUAUGAUACGGAGAUAUUUUAAUCCAUUUAUUCUGGCUCAAGAACACGAAUAAAGAUGAUUUUCUGUUACUUUAGCUCAUUCAGAGCAUGAUGGACAUGCUCUUUUUGAUCUAUAACUGGUCAGCAAGCUUCCAGAUAAUAUUUUAGGCUAUGGGAGCUAUACAGUUUCUCUUAUUACUCAUUUCUGCUGUUGAAUUGUCAAAAACAGGUAUAGAUACCAUGUAAAGAAUGGGCAUAGCUAUGUUCCAGGAAAAUUUAUUUACAAAAGCAGAUGGAGGGCUGGAUUUGGUCAAUGGGUCAUAGUUAGUGACCCCGAUCCCAAGUUUAUUUUGUGUUAGACCCUCUAACCUUUGAUCUGCAUCUUUUCUCUCUGUUUUGAUUUAUGUAAUUCAUUUUUAAAUCAAAAUGAUGUGCGUAUGUAUGAUUGUGUGUACCUGUAUAACCUAAAGCUAUUUAUUUUGUUAUCUUGAAAGUAGAUACACUCUUCCUGGAGUCUGUUCAGGUUUCAGGAUGAUUGACUAUAAUGAAAGAGGCAGAAUGGGGGUAAGGGAAGAUGGGUAUGCUAUCAGCCAUUAUCUUCGCCUUGACAUUUAAUGCCAUAAUUUCAGAUUCUCUAUGUAAAAUGAAGGUCUGUAUAUUGUCAAAAUACUAUAUUCUCCAAGUUCUUAUGCUCAUUGACCCUCAUUGACCAGGAUUCUGGAUUGCUGGAGCUGCAGAAAUUCAUCCACUUGGGUACUCUUAGAGCUCUACAACAAGAAUAUGAUAGAAUGUCUGAUCUUUGUGCUGCAGAAAGCAAACUUUUGAAGAAUUCUAAGCAACAGAAAAUGGGUUAUGUGACUCAUUUGCUAUUUGGCAGCCACUAUUCCUUUUUUAGACUGCAGAACGGUACUGCCCCUGUUACCUGUAGAAUAGCCUGAGUCUGAGGAGUGCAGAGAAAAGGUGUAUCCAAACGGAGAAUCCGUUUCUCUUGCAUAACUCUCCUCAAUUCCUUUACAAGUCAGUAGCAUUAUUUCAGAAUGUCUAUAUGCAUCAUUUUCAACUAAAGCAUACCUCAUCCUUAAACUUCCACUAUUUAACAGCUAAUCCAUUUCAAACUUGGUUUGAGCCUAACAAUUGCAGAAAUCAUAAAAUGCUUGUGAAAUUACACGCCAUAUUACUAGCAGAUACAUUGCAGUGCACCAAUCAUGCUAACAGAUAAUAGAUUUUUCUUUAAGAAGUUUGUCAAAUAUUUCACUAUCUUGGGAAAUUUUAGAGGAGAGGAAGCCUGUAUUCAGAAUGAUAGAGGGAGCAGAGACUUACUGUCUGUCUUCCACAUUAUAAAUGAACUGCCUUUCCAGGUCCAACAUGCUAUCAGGCUGCUUCAGCUCGGUGUGAAUGUAAAUGUGGGGACUCACACACACCCACCCAUACACAUACAUAUUAAUAUGCAGAAGAUUUUAAACAAUUGCAAAUAUCUUGUGGCUAUUUGAUUUCUACAAAAUUCUACUGUAAGAUGUAUACCAGAAAACAUAAUAAAGAUAAGCUCAGUUCUUCAUUGGGAAAAAAUAUUUUUAAAGAAAAUUUAGAAGUUUUUGCUGAAUUAAAUAAAGUAUCUUCAAUUUUAAUUACUGCAUUUGGAAGUUGAAAUGCCAUCCUUCAAUAUCACUGGUCUCAAAUUCAUUGAUAGAAUUUUUUCUUAAACUAGUAAGUGGGGUAAGUAUAAUCUCCUAAAUUGGUACCCACUGGCUGCUCCUGAACUGAUUUCCAGUCAUGUCCUCUAGUAUGUGAUUUUUAUAAAUUAAAGGUAAUAUUGUAUAUUAAAGUUCAAAUAAAGAUGUUCUUUAAGUGAAAA